CAAAAAAAAUUUCAUCAAUUUAUUUGUUUUACAUCUGUAGUCUCAUCACAUCAUCGUUCAUUUCGUUGCCAAAUAUUUGUAUAUAGUAUUGGUUGAAUCGGAAUUUAAGUAACAACAACAAAAUGUUACUAACAGUGUCUUUACUUAACAAGGGCACCUUUUUGGGUUCUCUGAUUAACAAAUGCAGGCAAGUUGUAGGAGUUAAGAACAAUAAGCAUGUAGAGAUUAAUCUGAAACCAAACAUAUCUAAUUCCCCAACGCUAUCAACUUUAAAUCCUUCGUCCUCCCCGUCACCCGUUUCAAAUGUGCACGAUACUAACAGACCACUUUCGGUGGCAAAUUUAAGCUUGAGUAGCCCAGCAACAGCCGCUAGUAAACUUACGGUCGAACAACAAGUUGGUCUGCCGGCAAGGCCAAAGAAACCACUCACACCGUACUUUCGGUUCAUGAACGAUUUGAGACCAAAAAUUUUGGCGGCAAAUCCAAGUUUGGCGUUGGUUGAUGUUGUGAAGCAAGUUUCCAAAAAGUGGGAAACAGCUGAUGCAUCGUUGAAGCAACGCCUCCAGGAAGAGUACAAAAAAGAACAACAAGAAUAUAUUGAAAAACGCAUGAAAUAUGAUGCCAAAAUUACCGAUGAACAACGCAGCCAAAUUAAGGAGCUCAAACAAGAAAAAAUCGAAGCUAAAGAACGUCGCAUGAUGCGCAAACGUAUUAAGGAUUUGGGACGCCCAAAGAAGCCAGCAUCAGCAUUUAUACGUUUCAUAGCCAAGGAGAGAAUCCGCACACCCCAGAAGCCGAACCAAACGUUCCGAGAAUGGCAUGAAGCUGCUACGAAAAAAUGGUCUACAUUGUCACAGGGCGAGAAAGAUAUUUACAUGCAGGAAUCUCGCAAGGAGUUUGAAACCUAUAAAAAAGAAAUUGCUGUAUGGGAAGAGAAAAUGAUACGUAUGGGACACAUUGAUGUGGUGCGCCAAGGAAAUCUAAUUGAUCCCCCAGAAGUCAAAACCAAGAAAAGUUAAAUGAAUAAUCUAAUGCCAGCAUGUCAUGCCAUUUUUUCACAUCCCGUUUUCUUCAUAGAAUCAUAAUAGUUUCAGUUAAUUGCUAUUAUUUUUGUUGUUGUGCGACACACCAACCAAAAAGGCUUUAUUUUAGGAAGUCUGAGUUCAUGAAUUAAUUUUAGAAAGUUUUGAGAAAUAAGAAUAAUACGAAAAUAAAACAGAUUAAAAAUGUU